AUGUCUCGACUUUUUAUUACUUUAUUGCCUCUUCUUUUGAUUUUCAUCACUUUUGUCUCGGCUCAGGACGCGCAAGUAACUACUGUCAUUGAAACAACAACUGUUACCUCCGUUUCCAUUAUAACCAUUACCGCAUCUCCUACUACUGAAACCGAUACCUCUACAAUCAAAGUCUCUCCUUCAACAACUACAGAAACCAGUAUAACCACCUCUCAAACCGAAGUUACUCCCACAAAAAUUACAGAAACUACAGAAACCUCUAUAAUCCCUCCCUCUCCCACAGAGACCUCCCCCACAGAGACAUAUCCCCCAGAACAUUCUCCCACGGAGUCCUCUCCCACAGAGACAUAUCCCCCAGAACAUUCUCCCACGGAGUCCUAUACCAUAGAAACCUCUCCCACAGAGACAUAUCCCACAGAGACAUAUCCCACAGAGACAUAUCCCACAGAAACUACUGUAACCCCACCUGUGGAAACUGAGAAACCUAAGGUUACUGUAGGACCAACUUCUAGUGUGAUUGUCUUGCCGACAGGUUUUGUGCCUCCUACCGCAAGUUCAGCUAAUUCCGUAAUCACUUCCAGUUAUCAACUUUUAUUUAGUAUUUUGGUAGUAGCAGUUUUCUUGGUUUAA